AUGAGUGUCAUGUCUAUGGGAAGGCCUUCUGUAUAAGGACAGACCUCAGCACCAGAGGAUUCACAUCGGAGAGAAGCCUUAUAGCUGUAGCCAGUGCGGAAAGGCCUUCUGCAUGAUCAAAGAGCACGCGCGCCACCAGCGGAUUCACACUGGAGAGAAGCCCUAUGAGUGCAGUGAGUGCGGGAAGGCCUUCAGUGGCUGAGGGCAGCUCACCCGAUCUCAGGCGGUCCACACCAGAGAGAAGCCUUACGAGUGCGCCAAGUGUAGGAGGGCCUUCGGGGGCAGAGGCCAUCUGACUUGCCAUCAGAGGAUUCAUACUGGAGAGAAACCAUAUGAAUGUGAAGAAUGUGGGAAGACCUUUUAUAUUGACAGAGACCUUAACAGACACCAAAGAAUCCACCUUGGAGGGAAACCUUAUGAAUGCAAGGACUGUGGGAAGGCCUUCCACCUGAGGCAUCAUCUGAGUCAGCAUCAAAGAACUCAUACUGGAGAGAAACCUUUUAAAUGCAGUGAAUGUGGGAAGGCUUUUGGUCAUCGUACCCAUCUCACCAUCCAUCAGAAAAUUCAUACUGGAGAGAAACCUUAUGUAUGUAGUGAGUAUGGGAAGGCCUUUGGCCACAGGACACAGCUUAUUGUCCAUCAGAGAAUCCAUACUGAAGAGAAGCCUUAUGAGUGUAAAGAUUGUGGAACAGUCUUCUGUCUUGGCAAAGAGUGCACAAGACAUCAGAAAAUUCAUACUGGAGAGAAAUCUUAUGACUGGAAUCAGGGUGAGAAGACCUUCAAUGGAAGAAGACAGCCUACUAAAAUCACAAGAUCAUGUUGGAGAGAAAACUUACCAGUGUAAUCAGUAUGAGAAGGCUUUUGGUUCAAGAGGACAGUAAGAAUGAGAAUUUUCAUAUUGGCGAGAAGUUUAAGAAUGUGGAAGGGCUUUCAACCAGAGAAGACACUUUAACUUCAGAAGAGACUGACUGGAGGGAAGUGUUAUGACUGUUAGAAAUACGAGAAGACUUUUUGUUUGAACAGCAUACCUGACACUAUAGAAUCCAUCUUGAUGGGAAACCUUUUAAAAUACCAUCAAUUUGGGAAACUUUCUUUUUGAAUUCAUUUUAUCCAGAUGAAGGAAUUCAUAAAGGAGAGACUAAAGACUAAAUGGGAGUAUGGGAAGAUGAAUUUUAUCAGACAUCAAAACAUUCCUAUGGGAGAAAAACUUCAUGAAUGAAUAUAGGAAAGUCUUCUAUCCUAGAGAUCACUGUCAACAUGAGGAAAUUCGAACUAGAAUAAACUCCAUUCAUUACUGAAUUGGCAAAGUUUUUGGCUUCAAAAGACAGGCUACUGAACAUCAGAAGAUUUAUACCAAAGAGAAACCUUAUGAAGUCUAUGUGGGAGAAUUCCCUUCUGAACACAGAAUUGAUUCCACAUCAGAGAAUUCUUAUUAGGAAGAAAUAAUAUAAAUGUGAUGGCUUGAAAAGGCUUCUCACCUCAGUGAUACUUAAUUCAGUAUCAGAGGAGUCCUGUUGGAGAGGAGUCUUAUGAAAAACCUAAGUAAAAAGGGAAAGGCUUUCCUCUGAGCAGGGAACUCAUACUAGAAGAAACGUGAAUGUGAUGACUGGAAUACCUAGGUAGCACUGCUUAGUCUAAACCUGAGAAUUUGUACUGGAGAGAAACCUUAAGAAAGUAAUGUAGGAAGACAUAUCAUUAAGGAAAAAAAUAGCUACUAGUGUUUAUAGAGUUUCACCACAGUGAAGAGGCAUCCUACUCGAGGAGACAGCUUGCCCCAAAGCACAGAUACCAUAGUAGACAAACACCUGGACAAGGAUGGCAGAAGACUUCUUACCAUGGGGAAUCUAGGUCUGAAACCAAGGACUUCCCUCCAGAGAUGGUUAUUUUUAUGGAGCCUUCACUUCAGCAUAGACUAAAGCAGAGCAAUGAAAAAAAGAAUUCCCAGGAAGUAAAAAUGACUCAGAUGAAAACUCCAACUAAACUGAGAGGCUAUGACUGUGGCCAAAGCAUUAGGCUAGAACUAAUGCUUUUCUCAAAACAGAGAAUAUCUCUAGAAGAGAGUCUUUACAAAUGUGAUGCACGUGUGUCUGCAGAUCCAAGUAUAUGUCAAAGAAUAUCUUCAAAGGAGAUCUUUUCUAAUUGUAAUGAAUGUAAGGAAGCCUUCAUUUCUAAACCAGAUUUCAUUGAAUAUCACAGACUGUAUGCUGGGAAGCAGCCUAAUGAUUAUAACAACUGUGAGAGAGCUGUCAACUUCAGCCAAUUCAUUCAUUCCUUGGAGACAAAUGAUUUUGAAGAGAAAAGCAUUAACUGUAAUGAAUUGGGAGAAAUUUCUACCCAGAAUAUCCAACUGAUGGAGCAUCAGAGAAUUCACACGGGGCUACAGCCCUAUGAGUAUAGUGAAUGUGUACUGCCUCUUGGUCACAGCUUUUCGGUGACUUCCUCUGAAAGCGGCUACACUGACCAGAAACCUUUGGUCUGUCGGGCCUGCGGGGAUGUCUUCCUCUGGAGCAUCCAGCUCGCUCGCCAUCAGAGUGCUCCCACUGGCGAGAAACCUUAUGAGGGCCCAGAGUGUGAGAAGGCCUUCUGCCUGAGAGAGUCCCUGACCAGACGCUCACGGAUGCACACCGGGGAGAAGCCCUACGGUUGCAGCGAGUGUGGGAAAGCCUUUCGGCGCAGGGGGCAGCUCACCCGACACCAGAGAAUCCACACUGGCGAGAAGCCUCACGAAUGCGGAGAUUGUGGGAAGGCCUUCUACCAGAAGGACCAGUUUACUCAGCACCAGAGAAUCCACACUGGGGAGAAGCCUUAUGGGUGCAAGGAGUGUGGCAAGGUCUUCCGGGUGAGGACCCAGCUCACUCAGCACCUUCGCAUCCACACUGGGGAGAAGCCCCACAAGUGCAACGAGUGCGGGAAGGCCUUCAGGCAGAGGGGCCAUCUCACUGUGCAUCACAGGAUUCAUACUGGGGAGAAACCCUACGAGUGUGGUGAGUGCGGGAAGGCCUUCCGCCUGAGCACAGAGCUCACCCGCCAUCAGAGAAUUCACACGGGGGAGAAGCCCUAUGCAUGCAGUGAGUGCGGGAAGGCCUUCCGCCUGAGCACAGAGCUCACCCGUCACCAGAGGGUCCACACUGGGGAGAAGCCUUAUGGCUGCAACCGGUGUGGGAAGGUCUUCCGCCAGAGCACCCACCUUACUCAGCAUCAGCGCAUUCAUACCGGAGUGAAGUCUCAUAAUGUACUUUAUGCAGCAAAACCUAGCGUGUUCCUCCUGGAGUGAAGUUUCAUAAUGUACUUUAUGCAGCAAAGCCCAGCCUGUUCCUCCUGGAGCCGAAUCUCAUAAUGUACUUUAUGCAGGAAAGCCCAGUGUGUUCCUCCUAGACUGAAGUCUCAUAAUGUAAUUUAUGCAGCAAAACCCAGCGUAUUUCUCCUGGAGCGAAGUCUCAUAAUGUACUUUAUGCAGCAAAGCCCAGCCUGUUCCUCCUGGUGCAAAGUCUCAUAAUAUAACUUAUGCAGAAAAGCCCAUUUUCUGAACACACAGCUUACCAAACACUGCAGAAUUCCAUAGAGGAACCUUUUAACUAUAAUGUGGAAGGAUGGUGGUGGAACACUAUAUCACACCUUCCCUAUUACAUUCUCUUCCUCUCCCCCCCCCCAUCUCAUGCAUGUUUUCUCUUAAAACUUAUGACAUUUCUCAUAUCUUCGAGGCUAAGAAUUUUGACUAGUGUUGUCACUUCUGAGCCCAUGACAAAGCAGCCAUGAGGACCUGGAAGGGAGUAGUCUUUUAAAAAUGAUAUAUUUUUUAACAUUCAUAGUAAAAAUUUUGCAUUCUAAAUAUUCUUUCUCCCUCCAGUCCCUUCUCCAUCCAUUGAGAAGGCAAGCAAUAUGAUAUUCAUUAUACAUGUGAAGUCAU